AUGCUGGUGGCAGGCAGAGUGGCAGCUUCGGAGCACGCACAGGUAGCGCUCCUGCACGCUCCCGAUGACGGCCCCUCCCAGCUCUCUCUGGGUGCGGCCACAGGCGGGAGUCUCUCCUGGACGUCCGUUGGCUGGGCGGCUCUUCCGGCUGGGUUCGGGGGCCCUAACGUAGUCCUCUCGGCGGCCUUUUCCUUUUCGGCGGCCGGGAUGCGAAUGUGGGCUCUAAACGGGAGCCAAGGAUUUAAGAGGGACAGUGAUGAAGAAGAAGAGAUUUCAGAGACAGAGGAUUGUUCAGAGCCCGAGGACAAUGUUAUUGAUGAUCCUGACUUUCAAUUUUCCCAUGAUGAGGAGGAUUCAGAGGAGGAGUCUGCUGCCAUCUCUAAAUCAGAAGAAAACCAAGUACUGCAGCAAUCAUCAUCCACAGAGGGCACAUGGACAUCUAGAGAUGGUAUUAUAAAAUGGUCCACAUCUCCACACCUAAGCCAAGGCAGACUGUCAUCUUCCAAUGUCAUCAAAAUGACUCCUGGUCCUACAAGAUUUGCCAUCACACGAGCUGAUGAUAUUCAAUCCACGUUUCAGCUCUUCAUAUCCCCACCCAUAGAGAGGAUUAUACUUGGCAUGAGUAACUUGGAGGGGAGGCGUGUAUUUCAAGAGAAAUGGAAGCCACUGGAUCAGACUGACUUGCGUGCUUAUUUUGGAAUUCUGGUGUUAGCUGGAGUAUACAGGUCAAAGGGAGAAGCAACUGCAAGUCUGUGGAAUGAAGAGAAUGGAAGGCCAAUCUUUCGUGCAACAAUGUCUCUGGAAACGUUUCACAUAAUAUCUCGUGUGAUCCGAUUUGACAACCGUGACACCAGAGCUGGUCGACGUGAAAGAGACAAACUGGCUGCAAUCAGGGAUGUAUGGAAUAAAUGGGUUGUAAUCCUUCCUUUGAUGUACAACCCUGGCAUCCAUGUUACUGUAGAUAAACGCCUUGUUCCAUUCAGGGGCCGCUGUCCGUUCCGGCAGUAUAUGCCCAGCAAGCCGUCCAAGUAUGGCAUCAAAAUAUGGGCAGCUUGUGAUGCAAAAUCUAGCUAUGCAUGGAAUAUGCAAGUAUACACUGGAAAGCUACCUGGAGGAGCAUCGGAGAAGAAUCAGGGGAUCCGUGUGGUGCUGGAGAUGAGUGAAGGGCUGCAAGGUCACAACAUCACUUGUGACAACUUCUUUACAUCCUACCGCCUUGCAAAUGAACUUCAGAAGAGAAAGCUGACUAUGUUGGGAACAAUAAGAAGAAAUAAGCCAGAACUUCCCAGUGAAAUUCUGAAGAUGCAGGGAAGAUCUCUGCAUUCCUCAAUAUUUGUUUUCUCUGAUAAAGCAACAGUUGUUUCAUACUGCCCAAAGAAAAACAAGAACGUUCUUGUCAUGAGCACAAUGCACACAGAUGCAUCUCUGACUACAAGAGAGGACAAGAAGCCACAAAUGAUCCUGGACUACAACUCGACCAAAGGAGGAGUUGACAAUCUGGACAAAGUCACAGCAACAUACAGCUGCCAGCGCAAGACAGCCCGUUGGCCCUUGGUUAUCUUCUACAACAUUGUGGAUGUGUCUGCUUACAAUGCCUAUGUCCUGUGGACUGAAAUCCAUCAUCAAUGGAAUGCUGGCAAAUUGUACCGACGUCAGCUUUUCCUGGAAGAACUGGGCAAAAGCCUUGUCACUCCCAAGAUCCAGAGGCGAGCCAGGCCAGCUCGAUCACCAGCAGCUGCAGCUGUAAUUGAAAAAGUCAAGUUCGUGCCAUCCAUACAAUCUGCAGUGGAUACAGGUGUACAGAAAUGGAAGAGAUGCCAGUGGGUGUAG